AUGGGCCCGAGCCCACCGCCUGGCGGUGACGACGAAGACAACAACAAGGAUGAGGACGACUCUUACGACUCGUACGACGAGCCGCCCGAUCGGGAAGGCUACAAGGCCCUUAGUGGCGUCGACAAGAUCGCGCAGGGGCUCAUGCUGACCGACGACGACGAAGAUGACGACGGCCAGCACGUUUCCGCAUAUAUGAACCGCCAAGCCGAGCGCGCCGAGGUCACGGGGCUGUCGCCCAUGGAAGAAAUCAAACUGGCCCAAGGCGAGCUCGCGGCCAAAGCAGCGCAGUCCGAGACGCAUGACCACUUGCUGCCACACAAGCGACAGCUCUGGCGAGUCGUCAAGAGGUCCGUGCUUCUCAGCUCAACGCAUACGCAAAACCACAUUUUGCCAACGGCCGCCGUCGUCGACCCCGACGUGAAGCGCAUUGCAAAGGACUUGGAGCACGAUGUGGACAAGAUGACGGCGGUGCAAGCCCGCAACUUUGUCGAGAGCGUGGCCAAAGGCGAGACCAUCAUGAAGUCGCGCCAAGACGACCUGACGGCCAAGCAGAUCCCGUGGUACCUCAUCAACCCCAGCGGCCGGUUUCGGAUCCAAUGGGACGUGCUCAGCGUCGCGCUCAUUAUCUAUAACGGGUUUUACAUUCCGCUCUCGCUCGCGUUUGGGCGAGACAGCGUCUACCCGAUCAUCACGCAGCUCGACAAAGCGCAAUGGGCCUUUAGUCUUCUCUACUUGGCCGACGUCGUUGUCAACUUUUUCUCGGCCUACGAAACACGCGGCAAGAUUGAGAUGCGCUGGCCCGUGAUCGUCUUCAACUAUUUAAGAACCUGGUUCCUCGUUGAUAGUCUCGCGGCGUUCCCGUUCGACUUGGUGCUCGCGCCGUCCGAGGCGUCAUCAGGAAUGUUUCAAAUCCUUCGGCUCCUCAAGCUCUUUCGCAUGCUGAGCUUUAUGCGCAUUUUGCACCGGCUCGAGUACGUGCUCUUGAUUCGGUCCAACGUGAGCAGCCUCCUCAAGUUUUGCCUCCUCGUCUUCUUGACGUCCCACUGGUUCAGCUGCUUCUUCUACUACAUUUCGUACAGCAACCCGACGGGCUGGGUCAGCAUUCACAAACUCCAAAACGACACGCUGUAUGCGAAAUACGUCAAUGCGUUCUACUGGUCCAUCAUGACCAUGACCACGGUCGGCUACGGCGACGUGUGCGCCGGCAACACGCAAGAGCGGGCCUUUGCCAUCUUUGCCAUGGUUGUUGGCGCGUGGAUUUUUGCCUACGGCAUCACAAACGUGGUCGCUACGGUCGCCAAUUUGAACCCCAGCGACACGUGCUUUCAGCGCAAGAUGGAUGUCGUGAACGCCUACAUGGACCGCCGCGACCUCCCUAUGAUGCUACGCAGCGAAAUUCGUGAAUUUCUUCUCAACGCCCGCCUCUCGACCGAUAGCAAGCUCAAAAAUGAAAGCAAGAUCCUCGGCGAGCUCUCGGCGCUGCUUCGCUCCAAGAUUGCGCUCGCCAUCAACGACAGCGUCCUCAACAAGAUGCCGUUUUUUGAAGGCGCGGACCACAACUUUCUCAUGGAGCUCGCGCUCUCGAUGAAGAUGGUGUGCUUCCCGCCCAACGAAGACGUGAUCAUCGAAGGCGAGAUUGGCGAAGAAAUGUUCUUCAUCUUUCGCGGUGCCGUCGAGGUCCUCCAAAGCAACAAUCAACUCUGCGUUCUCGGCGAGCAGCAGUACUUUGGCGAAAUGGCGAUUCUCAACGCCAACUGCCUUCGCACGGCGACGGUGCGGACGCUGUGCUUUAGCGAGCUCCGCAUGCUGACGCGCCAGAAGUUUCUCUCGGCGCUCACGCACUUUCCGGCCAUGCGCCAGCGAAUCGCACACAUCGUACACAGCCGCAAGGAGCGCGACUCAGCGCGCAAGUCCAUCUCGCGCGUCCAGCCGUCCGUGGCACCGGUCUCGGUCAUGGAGAAGAUCGCGGUGUCGCUUGCGCGGGAGAGCGGUCUCUUGGAGCCGUCGUCCGACGGGACGAUCGUCGGGUCGACGCUUCAGCGCAUUUCCCAAAUGGACAUCAAGACACAGGAAGUCCAGGACGGCCACUCGAAUCUGGAAGCCAUGGUCCAGCGCCUCAUCGAGACGCAAGACAUGCUCGUCGUCGAGCUUGGUCGCCUCGAAGAAAGAUGGAGCAGCGAAUAGCAGCAAUACAUGAGUAACACGACCAUAUUUAAC